GAAGCGCCCAGCCCUUAGUUUCCUUAAACCAAAGCUGAACCUGCGGCGGGUGCUUUUGGCCCUUGCGCUCAUUCCUUUUGUGUCCUUGUAUAUUAUUAGUAAGCGACAAACAUGGAUCGAGGACAUGGGCGGUGUGCACGUCCCGCGCUGCGUGGGCUGGCGCGCGACGUCCUACUGUCAGCUGCUAGGGGCGCGACAGCCAGCGAAGGAUAGGUCAUGCGAUGCUCUCAUACGCGGGGAAGCAGGCUAUUGCCUGUGCGAGGGCGGCAUCACCGUUGCAAGAGUGGGCUGUGGACCUCACAGAUUCCGGUGUCGUGAGAAAUGCGCCGAGCUUGCCACCGACAGCUCGGCAGCGGUAAAGCUUCCCCAGCCGCUGACCUGCGCGGCAGACACCAACGUGUCAGUAUCUGCCUCUACCUUCGCAGCUGCCCUGCCAACGGUGCAAACCCCCAGCAGUAACUAUAGCACAGCUGAUGUCUGGAACGUCGUCGACACGCUGCUGAUGAAACACGGCCUGGGCGAGGUGGCGCUGCCGGGCAGCCGCACCCACAGAACGGACUGGGUGAUGGAGGGGCUGCGGCUUGGGCGAGCCACGGUGGAUCAGCUGGCGGCGGUGGUGGCGGGCGUGCUGGCGGACGUGCCGCCCUACCCGCCGGCCGCCUUCUCGGGGCGGGGCGUGGUUAUGGUGGGCGGCGGCCUGCACUACCUCAUACCCGCCUGGGCCAGCCUCAGCGUGCUGCGCAAGUCAGGCUGCCAUCUGCCGGUGGAGGUGUGGUUCCCGGUGGCGGAGCAGCCCAGCCGGCCCGCGGUGGCGGCGCUGGAGGGGCUGGGCGGCGUGGCGGUGCGCACACUGGAUGUGGUGGACCUGCAGCAGCGGGGCUUCGCACUCAAGUCCGCGGCGCUGCUGCUCAGCAGCUUCCAGGAGGUGCUGUUCCUGGACUCGGACAACCUGGCGGUGCGCGACCCCAGCCCCCUGUUCGCCUCGCCGCAGUACGCCGCCACCGGGGCGCUGUUCUGGCGGGACUUCUGGGACCGCUCCUCCGUGCCCGAGAUUCACGAGGUCCUGCGCUUCCCGAAUGAACAAGUGCCCAAGGUGACCUUUGAGAGUGGCCAAAUGGUCAUUGACAAGGCCAGACACUGGCGCGGGUUGUUACUGGCGGUGUACAUGAACGUGUACGGCAAGACCUUUGCAGAGCUGCUCAGCUGCUACCUGGGCAAGGGCGACAAGGAGACGUUUGUUUACGCCAUGUUGGCGGCGGGGGAGGCGUACUGGGUGUCGCCGCAGCCUCCGGGCAGUGCUGGUGUGGUGCAGGUGCUGUGCGAGCCGGGCCGCGCCGCCAGCUGCAGGCGCCAGUUUAUGGGCAACACCAUGGUGCAGCCGGGGCCGGACGGCCUGCCGCUCUUUUUCCACGCCAACUAUGAGAAGUGGGACUUGGCGCUGCCCGCGGCCUUCGAGGCAUACCAGCGCCGCUGGCAGGUGCUGGCGCCGGGCGGCCAGGACGUGGUGGGCGGCGUGUUCCUCAACACCAGCUACGGCAUAGGCUACGACGUGGAGCGGCACGUGUUCCAGGUGCUGUCGGCUCUGCGCUGCGCCCCCUGGUUCACCGCCUACUACCAGCUGCGCCUGGCGCUGGACGACCCGCCGCUGCCGGCGCUGGACGGCUUCCACCCGCUGCCCAACUACAUCUCAUUCAGGCCCUUCUACAGGCUCGGCUGGUCCGGCGCCUACAUGGGGCUGUUCCGGCCCAGCCUGGGCGACCGGUUGGUGCACGCCUACUACCGCGUCCUGCGCUGGCGCCUCAAGCCGCUGGAGCGCCGGCUCAAGGGCAAGAAGUGACGCACGUGACGCGGGGCGGUUUGGGGUAUAACGAAGUACUGUUACAAAAUGGCUGCGGUUCUAAAGCAGAGGCGCAUUUGAGUUUUACCCACGGCCACCCAGCAUUAGGGCGGGGGCGGGCGUCACGGGCGGGCGUGUGCGUAAACUAAAUCAUGGGUGCAGCACGUGUGGAACCUAUGAAGAGUGAUGAAGUACACUUGAAGGUGAACAACGCUGAACAAUACACCGUCCUGAGUGGUUCGCCUGUCCUAGGCGCAAACUGAACACAUUGCUUCGGCGUGUGGGGACGGCGUUGGCGAGAGCUACGGAUGGCCCUAGUACUGUGGGGGCAUGUCGCACCCGUGGAGGGCACUGUAACCGAGUGCCUUU